AUGAAUCUUUUUAAGGAGAUCCUGCCCAAAAUAAGGAAGAUUCUUUCAGGUGCUACAGCUUCUGAUGACCAUGCAUUGCUUAACCUCAUGCUGAAAGAACAUGUGAUAUCCAAGGAGUACCAUCAGGCCUUGCUCCAUGAAAAAGACAGAGAGGACCUUGCAAGGAAGAUUUCUCUGACAUUUGUGGAGAAAUGGGACCUGUAUUGGAAUACUUUGAUUCCCCACUCUUGUUUAAACCUCUGUGGCAGUAGACCUCAAAACAUUACAGAUAAUGAGCCAACAGGAACCAAGCACAUGUCUGACAGCAAGAGACAAAUCAUGGAUUCAGCAUUGGUGUGUGAAAAUGGCUAUCUUGAUUUGCUGCACAGUGACAUCGAUCCAGUGCAUCUGUUUACUCUCUUAGACCCUAAGUCAUCUGGAAAUGAAGAGGGUGACUUGUUUGCAGAUUCUGAAAUUGAUGCCAACAGCUAUGAUCAGUUGAAUAGUAUGGAUUUCCUGUGUACAGUGGAAAAUGAUGAAAAUGGGGAUGAAUUAUAUCUCUCUUCCAAUGCCAGAGAAGCUUAUGCUAGAAUAGCUGAAUUAGCAGAAUAUGUGCUCAAAGAUCAGCAAGAGAAGCAGGUGGAAGACACUUUUGCAGGGAGCCUUAUUUUGGAUGAAAUGACUGCUGAAAACGCUGAGAUAUUUACUGAUGUAAAGAUGCAGAAAUGUCACAAAAGAACAUUUUUAGGCUCCGUAGAGAGUUGUGCUGAUGUUUCAGAACCCAAAUACAAGAAAAUUGUGGAUGCCCCUGCAGUGUCUACAAGGAAUGGCAGUUUCUUGGCUAUGCCUCUCAACAGCCAUCCAGCUAGCUCCACCUCGCUAACUCACCAGCACAUGUCCUUUUCUGUUCCCGCUAUCAAUGCACUGGGAAGAAGUUUUGUAAUUCCUGUUUCAGGAUCUUCAGCACCUUUGAUUCCAGAGUGUCUACCCAUUGGCUUGGACAAACAAGAGAAUAUAGACUUUGCAGAUCCUGCUCAGCAGAAAAACAGUUUUUUAAUUGGAAAUGCCACAUCAAGUAUUAUAGCAUACCCAGCACUGACUACCUCCACUGAAACAAUGGUUUCCCCAAGUUUUCCAGUUAAUGCAUGUGGCUUAGAAAUGUUCAAAGAAGUCCAAGUUCCUGUAAUUCCUUCUGAAGAACCUUUCAAAAGACCAAGGUCAGUGGAAGUUUUCUGUACAGCGCUUAAGGAUUACUUCGGAGACAUAUGCAAAUCUGUGGCCAUGGAGCGUGAAGUGACUCUUGAUCACUUGUUUAUUGAUGGUACACUCGUGCAAAACCAAAUUGAAACCAAGACUGGGAAGAACAGUGUAAAAGCAAUGGAAAAGGAGCUGGUAACUUACAGUCUACAAUGGAAGGAAAAGGCAUCACUUGAAAGAAGCCAAAUAUUUCAAAUCCCAGGAGGUAAAGAUUUAGAGACUAAAGUGAUUGUGGUGUUGGGAAAAGCAGGAAUGGGCAAAAGCAUUCUUGUACAGAAGAUCUGCCAGGACUGGUCCAAUGGAGAGUUUCCUCAGUUUGAAUUUCUUUUUUGGUUUGACUGCAAACAAAUAAGCUUGCCUGAGAAGUGUUACAGCUUGAAGGAUCUGCUUCUUGAUUUUUUUGUAAAACCUCAAGAGGGAAGCAAAGAGAUCUUUGAGUACAUAUUGCAAAAUCCUGCUAAAGUCCUUCUGGUUUUUGAUGGUUUUGAAGGGUUGCAUGACCAUGAGAAUUUUUCUCGUUGCUCAAACAGACAGCCUGACAAAGACUUGUACAGUAUAAAGGAGCUGCUUUCAGGACUUAUCCAAAAAAAGAUACUCAAUGGCUGUACUUUAUUACUUACAGCAAGACCGAAAGACAAGGUGAACCAGUACGUGUCCAAAGUGGAUAAGACUAUUGAAAUAGUAGGAUUCUCUCCUCAGCAGAGAGAAUUGUACAUAACCAAAUACUUUGAAGGAUUACCCUACUGUGAUAAUGCACUGAAAUUAAUCAAAGAGAGUGAGUACCUGUUUAGUCAUUGUUACAGCCCUGUUAUGUGUAGAUUUGUUUGUUUUCUCUGUGAGACAGUACUUGAAAUGGGAGACAAAGGCCUUCCUUCAACUCUUACUACACUUUUCCUGAAAUUUGUUCAGCAAAAGAUAAUACCUAUGCAAACAGAUAUUACAGCUGUGCAAAAUCAAAAGAGCCUUGCUACACUAGCCCGUAUAGCCUGGUAUCUUGGAGAAAAGCACCAAAGUACCAUGAAAAGUGAUCUUCUUCCUUCUAAGGAAGUUAAAGAAUUUGCUCUGAAGUAUGGAUUUUUCCUGCCAUUUGCAUUCCCCAAACAUUCAGAUACUGAGGAGGAGGAAUUUGGGACCACAUUCUCCGAUUUCAUCAUUCAGAAUUUCUUAGGUGCGCUUCACCUUAUAUUAGCAGAAGACGUGAAGGAUAAAAGUCUAACAAAGUACCUGUCUUUUCCAUCCAAGAAGAAAAAGUCUUAUAACUGGUUAGAUUUACUGCCUCGAUUUUUGGCUGGAUUGUUGUUCCUCCAGGAUGAUGCCUACUUCUGCUCCCUUUCUAAUAAGGAAAUAAAACAAUCGACCAAGAAGCAGAAAACGCUCCUGAAAUAUAUUAGAAGGUUGCAGAUAAAUGACCUCUGUCCAGAGAGGUUACUCGAGCUUUUACACUGCGUAUAUGAAACACAAUACAAUUAUCUUUUGCAGCAUGUGACCUUAAGGCUCAAGCCAGACCUGUCUUUUCAGGGCAUUGUUAUUACACCACCAGAUGUUCAUGUACUGUACUCUACUUUAAAAAGGUCAAGAAAAGAGUUUUCCUUGGAUUUGCAAAACAGCAGCAUUGACAUGCAAGGGCUAAAAGACUUGGUUGGCCUGAAGAAUGUGGCAUCAUUCAGGGCCUCCCUUGGUGAUACAAUCAGGCUAUGGAAAUACUUAGAACAGACAAAAGACUAUGAACUGUUGAAACUGUCAACAGAAAAAUUUGUUCUCGAUCCCUUAAAGGCAAAGACAAUGAAGGACAUCAAUGACCUUUCAGACCUUGUAGAAAUGCAGGAGAUGAUCAAUUGCAUGCAAGAUGCCUCUGGUUGCAGCAGCUAUGAAAUUCCUGCCAUAAAGAACCUGAGAAAAAUAGAGUUUGCUCUAGGUCCAGCAUACGGCCUUCAGGGAUUUCUAAAACUUGUGGAAAUUCUGCCAUCAUUUCCAACACUUCAGCAUUUAGACCUUGAUGCUCUGAGUGAAAAUGGCAUAGGAGAUGAAGGAGCAAAGAGUCUAUCUGAAGUCUUUCCAACACUGAGAUCACUGGAAAUAUUGAACUUAUCACAGAAUAAGAUAACAGAUGCGGGUGCAGAGAAACUAGCUACAGCUCUUCCUUCCUUAUCUUCAUUAACAACACUAAGCUUGUACAAUAAUAACAUUUGUGAUUUUGGAGCAGAAAAUCUUGCAGAAGUUCUUCCUGCAAUGGCAUCUUUAAGAGUGCUAGAUGUUCAGUAUAACAAAAUAACUGGUGUUGGAGCCCAACAGCUGACUGACAGCCUACGAAAAUGCCCCCACAUAAAAAACUUGCUGAUGUGGAAUCCUACAAUUCCCUAUGGAGUUCUCGAACACCUUCAGCAGCUGGACUCGAGGAUCAGCAUGUAG